AUGUCUUCUGCUCAACCUCCAAACGUGGCUCCUCAUUCCGAAUCAAAGAGCGCCAAGAAAAAGAAAGCGAAAGCUGAGGCCGCAGCCCAGUCACCAACCGUAGCGGAGCCUGAUACGGGAGAUGCUUCAGCAGGCGCUGAAAAUGCUACAAAUGGAACAGAUGCUUAUGAGAGCCCUUUUGUCAAAGAUCUAGCAAAAAACAUUCGCAAUAUCAAGAAGAAGCUUAAUGCGACUCAAAAGGUCGACUCUAUAGUUGCCGAGAACCCUGGCACAAGCCUUGACGAACUCCUUGCGAGCAAGAAAAUCAACUCCGACCAAAAAAUUCAGGCCCAGAAAAAACCCGGCUUACAGACUCAACUUGCACAAUACGAAGAACAGAUAAGUCAAUUCAAGCAGUUAGACGAAGAUUUCAAGAAGAGGUUAAAGGAAGAGAAGUCGGCCUGGGAGACCUCGAGCGAUGAUAAAGCUCAGAAGGUAAAGGAGGCAGCAGUUGAGGCAGCUGUGGCAGAUGGCCGGAAGGAAGCUAAAGAGAAUCUAUUGGUAUUGAGCAAAUUCCUACGAGCAGCUGCUGCUAAGAGGCAAGGUGGAGAUGAAACCUCGCCCGAGAAUCGCGCGUUUGAAGGUGCGCUGCUGCUGGUCUACGGAGGUGAAGCCAGCGCAGUCGAAGCCAUGGAGAACCUCGUUGCUGGCAAAGACGAGAAAGUACCUACGGUGGAUUCAACGCCUUCCGAAUACACCUUCCAACAAGUCCGUGAUCUCUCCUUCUCCUACGCCCCUUACAGCGCCGAAGAAGCAUGGGCAGAAGAAGUCGCCCAAUCCUCCCCCACCGCCCCAACCGCCACUCUUGACGACGAACCCAAAGCAGCCGAGAUUGGCACCGACCCAACCGUCGCCCAUGCUGGCCUUACUGAGUUCGAAACCACUGACGGUCCACCACCUUCAUAUCAAACCAAUGGCGUGAGUAGCCCCAACGAAAACGCCCACGAUGCCCCCAGCGCCUCCGGCAUCGGCGCCGACGCAGCUAAUAAAGCUGGUGGCGGAGAGGAAACCUCAGGCGAAGGUGGUGGAGGGGAUUGGGAAGCCAAAGUCUCGACGCGUGGCGGCGGGGGAGGCGACGAUUGGGUCCAAGUACCGCGUGAUCCAGCGGAGACGGACACCGGCACCGACGGAACACUGACCGGGACAGGAGGGACGCAGAGCUGGGCCGAAGACGUCCCGCUUGCGGCUCCAGAGGCUGACACUGAUGUCAUGGGCACGCCUGCUUAUGCACAGGGCGGUACUGGCGCUGGUGCGAAGGAAGGUGCUACCGGAGACGGCUUUAGCGAAGUGCAGCGGCAUCAUCACCGUGGAAGUCGGAGCCGUGGGGGCAAUGAGCGUGGAGAUAGGAGGGGGCGCGGUGGUGGGUAUAGAGGAGAUCGCGAAGGGGGCAGAGGACGUGGUGGAGGGGGAUUCAGAGGCGACGGUGAACGUGGUGCGCGCGGACGCGGACGCGGGAGGGGUGAUUAUCGAGGGCGUGGAGGUCGUGGAGGCGGAGGCGCUGGAGGUGCAAGCGCUGGCGGUGGUGGCGGCGAGACGUAA